UGUGUUGUGCUAGACCCGGCUUUGUACCUUCAACCCAGUUCACCAAUAAGACAACCAGAGGAUUAUUUGUGGUCCAAAUCAAUGCAAUCAAAUGUUGAGGCUGUCCCAAUCAACGUAUUAGCAACUAUAGAUGGAGAAGCAAGUAUACCAAAAGCGAGGACAUUUUGGCCGAAGUUACGCACUGACUAUAGAUUGGGUAGCAUUCAUAUUCCCCUUUCUUUCAGUGUAAGUGGUACCUACGGGAAUUAUGGUGACAGCAGUAGUGCAGUUGGUACAAGCUAUGCGAGUGUAUCUGAACUGGGAAGCGCUAAAGUGAUAGCAAAUAAACCAACUCUAGCCGGUUCAGGAUACGACAAUUUCAAUUCCAGUCCAACUGUAGUACGGAUAUACGGAAGUAGUAAUAAACCAGCCUGGAGCGGUUGGGGUAAUGGAAAAUGGGGACAUUACGGCAAAGGAUAA